UCCCACGAUCUUACAUUUUACACACAAAACCACACCUCAAUCUAGUAGUUUAAAUAAAAAAACAAUUGGUAAUUUUGACAAAAACGGGCGUGAAUCACGGCCAASUCGAUCGAUUUUCGACGCGACUGUGCAAACACGAAACGUCAACUGAUUCAAAAGAAAUUUUACUGGUCGAUGGGUUUGCAACAACAACAGGUGGACGUGGUAGUGGGACAGGUCCGGAUUCAGAUGGUUAAGUGCACAAUGGGCUAAAAAUCGGAUUUUUACAGCCAUCAGAAACGUGUAAAAUAGUCAAGAUUUCCAAUGGAACAGUCGCGGGAGCCCCUUUCUUACAAAAUCAGAAACGUCUAAAAUAGUCAAGAUUUGCGUUGAAAUUGUCGGGACAGCCCUUAGUUUAUUUUCUUACAAAAUCAGAAACGCCUAAAAUAGUCGAGAGUUGCAUUGGAAUAGUCGCGAGAAUCUUUAGUUUAUUUUCUUACAAAAUCAGAAACGUCUAAAAUAGUCAAGAGUUGCAUUGAAUAGUCGCGAGAGCUCUUAGUUUAUUUUCAUACAAAAUCAGCGAUGGCAACUCUGGAAAAACUGCAAAUUUCGGGCAUCCGCAGCUUCGGCCCCGACGAGGACCACUGUCAAACCUUAAAAUUCGCGACACCUUUAACCCUAAUUCUAGGCCAGAAUGGUUCUGGUAAAACCACAAUUAUUGAAGCCAUCAAAUACGCAAUGACCGCCAACAUUCCCGAAGGGACUAACAGUGGUCAAGGUUUUCUCAACGACCCCAAAAUGACAUCUAAGACCAGCACUAAAGGCCAAAUCAAAUUACGAAUCGUCGACCCCAAAAACAACGCUGUUACGGUUUCUCGCAUUAUGGAAGUGACCCAAACCUCGGACAAAAAUAAACUAAAAUUCAACUCAAUGCCGGGAACUAUUCGAAUCGUGACGCCAAAUGGCGAAGAUAGAAGCAUUUCGGGCCGAUGUGCAGACAUAACAAAUGAAUUUUGUCAAAUUAUGAACGUCUCGCCUUCAAUCCUCAACAAUGUGAUUUUUUGUCACCAGGAAAACGCUGCGUGGCCUUUGGACGAAGGAAAGAAACUUAAAGAAAAAUUCGACGAAAUUUUUAAUGCCCAACAGUCAAACAAAUGCGUCGAAAUCUAUCGCAAAGCAUUGAAAGAUAGACAAGGCAAAAUUAAGUUACUGAAAUUGGAGGUUGAGCACAAAAAGGAAAAGAAAGAACAAGURGAAAAAGACAAACGUAACUUACAAGAUAAGGAAGACAAACUCAGGUCCUUUGAUACCGAAAUUGACACUAAAACGAUUCAAUUACAACCGAUCAAAAACCGUCUUGAGGCAAUCAUAGAAGUGGAGAARGUUCUAGGGGGGCUAGAACGCGAUUUAGCGGCCAAAGAAGCAACAAGAAUUAGUCUUGUUGAAGAGCAAGGAAGUAUUAAAAAAAAUCUUGCUUUCGAAUUUGAUGGGAGUGACAACGACUUGCAGGAGAAAAUCAAAUCGUUUGAAACUGACCGUCAAAAAGACGAAACAUUGAUCGAGAAUUUACUAAAACGAAAAAACGAUGUUGAUACUAAAAUCAAGGAAAUUAAUGAAGCUGUUCAAAAUCUCCAAACCGAUUUGGGGCGCUUAAAUCAACAAAAAAAUCACUAUUUGGAGAAAAAUGACGAACGRAAAAAAUUACUUGCCCAAGCUGUGGAUAAGUUUGGUGUGAGAAUUACAAACUUUGAGGAUGACAAGGGGGCGAAACAAGCCUUAAAUCAGYUCAAAUGUGACCGCCAGGCCUCACUAGAUGCACUUAUCGAAGAGAAAGAGUUAGAUUUGAUGACAGUUCAAGCGUCUAUUGAUGAUGUUCGAGGCAAAGUCAUCAAAACUGAGCAAACUAUAAGCUCAAAAACUCGCGAAAUGACAGAAUGUGAGCAAAAAAUCGAGAGUAUUUCAUUUGAGUUGAACACAAUGUUGUCCUCCGAGGGGUUCCUUGAGGAUUUUGAUAAACGUCUGGCAKCCAUUGAUAAGACAAUUUACAAUUUGCGAAACACGUUUCACGAAGAAGAAGAAACUCAAAAAAAUGAGUCACGUCGGAGUGAAAUUACAACACUGGAAYACAAUCUAGAUAUUCUAGAACGGGAAUAUAAAAUUCUCCUACAAAAUGACACAACUGAGGGAAAAAUCGAAAGUGAGAAACAUUUAAUUUUGGCAAAACAACGUGAAAUUAAUCGGAUUAAAACCAARCAUUUGGAGAGUCUCAAAGUSUUGUUUGGGUCGCCCCCUGAAACGAAUCUAAAAGACUCAGUGUUGGCAAAACAAAAAACUGCAGAUUUAACACUCAAAACACUCACCGAACAAUUGAAUAAAAAACAAAAGGAGGUGACAACUCUCGAGGUUCAAUUACAUAAUCAAAUUGAGAAAAUCAACUUGUGUCAAGAGGAAUUGAGGCUUAAUCGUGAGAAAAUUUCACAGGUUUGCAACGGUUGUGAUUUUAAUGAAGUCUUGGAGCGUUGUUUCCAAAAGAAGGAACGUUUGCAAUUCGACAAGGGAAAUUACAAUUCAAUUAAAAUUAUUUACGCCCAAUAUAUAAGAAAGUUUGAAGAGGAGAAACCGUGUUGUCCAGUUUGUGAAACAAAUUUCUCGGGUAAAACCUCCAUCAUUGAUAAGAUUAAAACAACGUUGAAAAGUAAACUAGAUAAAGUCCCUCAACAAUUGACCAAAGUUGAGGCCGAAUUGCAAGAAGAGGAAGCUUUAUACAACAAACUCCAACAAUUGAAAGUUGUCAAUGACGAAAUUCGUGUUUUGUCCAAGGAGAAGUUGCCUCAACUUGAGACAAAUCUCAACGAGAUUAAGCGUAAUUUAGAGGCGAAAAAGUCAGAAUUGGACACGUUGAAUAAAAAGACUUGUGAGCCGUUGAAAAUUUUGGAAAUUUCAAAAAUUCUCAUUUCCGAUGUCAGCACAUUGGAUCAGAAUCAAGCCGAUGUUGAUAAAUCACGGAAAACAGUCGAGGAAUUGAAGGGGAAGUUGUCCCAAGUCCCUUCAAAUAAAUCCAAACAGGAAAUUGAAGCUGAAAUUGACUCAAUCAAAGCGGAAUUGAAUGAAUUGAGACGAAAAAUUGACGCCGAAACGAAAAAAAUUAGCAGUCAUAAGGACCGAAUCCAUCAAUUGACUCAAGAAAGGAAUCAAUUGUAUGAAAAACAACUGAUUAUGAAGGACAAAAUGAAGAAUCGGCCAAAUCUCGAAGCACAAAAAAGCGAAGUGUGUGAAAAACUACAAAGCUUGAAGGAGGAAAUAGAAGUGAAAAAGACUGAAUUGGACCUUUUGGAAGAGGAUUUGGGGAAUAUUGAAGCUAGAAAAAAGUCGCUGGUACAAGAAAAUAAAACUCUGAUUGAGAAAGAACGCAAGGAAUUGAGCACUUUCACAAUUCUGGUGCAAGACAUCGAGAAGCUUCAGAAAGAAAUCGAGAAUUAUUUCAGUAACGGAGUUGAGGAAAAGUUGGUUCAAAUUGAGGACAUUUUGAGGGACUUUAGACAAAAGGAUGUGAAGCUUGCAGGAGUUAAAACCGAAAUUUCGCAAUUGAUUUCCGACAAGAAAGAGGGAUUGAGUAAAUCCGAGUUGCGUUUCCGGACGUUGCAAAGUAACGUAACUUUACGUCAGAAAAAAGCCAUCGAGGUGGMAUUAAACGCAAAGAUUGAGGAUUUGAGGAAACAGAUCGGUGGUUACAAUUACAACUCAGUGUACGAGGAAAAGUCUCAAUUAAUCAGACAAAAGGAAAACUACGAAAAAUCAAUAAACAAUCUAAGGGGUGAGAAAAACGCUCUUUCUGAAAACAUCGAAGAGUUGCGUCGCCAACUCGCAGAACCAGAAAGUGCCAACGCCCACAACAACUAUAUGACGAAGUUGUAUGAAUUAAAAGUGGUCGAAGUUGUAAUCGAGGAUUUAUUCAAAUAUAUAACUGUUUUGGAAAAGUCUAUUCUUGAUUUUCACGCUGCGAGAAUGAAGCAAAUUAAUAAUACGAUAAGRGAAAUGUGGCGAGAUAUAUACAGGGGGAAUGAUAUUGAUUAUAUUGAGAUCAAAGCAGGGCAUGCGAGUUCUACAGGGGCCACCAGAAAACGCACAUACAACUACAGUGUGGUUCAAGUGAAACAAGGAGUCGAGUUGGAGAUGAGAGGGCGUUGCAGUGCUGGACAAAAAGUGUUAGCUUGUUUGAUUAUAAGAAUGGCGUUAGCUGAAACUUUGAGUGCAAAUUGUGGCAUUUUGGCGUUGGAUGAACCAACAACGAAUUUAGAUCGGGAGAAUACAAAUAGUUUGUGUGAGGCUUUAGCAAGGAUUGUGGAGUCUAGGGAGAAAGAGAAGAAUUUUCAAUUAGUGGUUAUCACGCACGAUGAGGAGUUUAUAAAUACCCUCACGAGAGCACAAGGCGUGCCCUUCUUCUAUAGGGUGGCGAGAGACCACGACGGAUUUUCGCUAAUCAAAAAAGAAUACGCGUUAUAAGUUUGUUACUUUUUUCAAUUUUUAUAAAUCGUUUUUUGUAUUGUUCAAUAAACGUUUAUUUUCAAUUAUA